UGUAGUAGUGAACCGAAUAUUCCGUUAGUACGAGGUAUUGAUACUGUGGUGCUGUUGUUGCAAUGUAAGAGGUUUGCAUGUCGGGCGGGUCGAAUAGAUAAUGUAGAAAUCGAAAUUGCGACAAUUUUUAGCAUUUAUACUUAAAAAUACGUUACACGACAGAAGGAAUUAAGAAAGUAGCACAAUGAUGUCUGACAGAAAAGCAGAGCUUGAAAGGAAGAAAGCCAAGCUUCAAGCUAUUAGAGAAGAAAAAGAAAGGCGUAGAAGAGAAAAAGAACAAAAAGAUGUUGAAGAAGCUACAGUUCGUGCUGCAGGAGCAGAUAAAGAUCAUCGUAAAGAACUGGAUGCUAUGCUUUCAUCUUUGGGUGUAGCACCAGUAUCAGAUGUAUUAUCCAGUUUAUCUAGUAUGAAUUCCUUAACUCCAGAACAAAGUGCUAAUGCUACUCCUGAUGCUAGUUUACAACCAUCUAGUAUAAAUUCUGCUCAGAGCAUUAGUGCUAGGAAAAAGAAUAGAGAAUUAACAAUUGUUUCUGUGGCACAUACUAAUAUUCCACCAAAAGAACCAGUGGUAUAUACUAAACAAACACAAACUAUUCAGACAUCACACACAUCUCACGACGGACUGUCCGCAUCUUCUUCUGCAUACACCAUCUACUCCUCCUGUUCAACAACAACACCAACUCACUCUUACUCCGCAGGCUACUUUGAGACUGACUGGUGGCGUCCCAGGAAAGGUGGGUCUGCACCAAACUACCUAUACGAGUACAAUCUAAAUCCUGGUUUAGAAUGGGAGGACGAAUUUACAGUUUUGACAUUUGAUGAUGGCCAAGCCGAAGACGAAGAGAACAGUUUGCCGCAUAUGGACGGUUUCCAGAGCAAGCUUCCACCUGGAAUUCUUCCCCACGGUUUGCCACAAGUUAAGGAAGUGCAGCCAGCUGUUACGCAAGUGGAGCAAGAGAAGGAAAAGGAGAAACCUAAAGAAGUACAAGAACUGAGCGAAGAGGAGAAACAAAUGAUAAUACUCUCUGAAGAUUUCCAACGAUUCCUCGAUCGUACCAGUAGAAUUGUAGAAAGAGCAUUAGGGGAAUCGGUUAAUAUUUAUAGCGAUUACACCGGCACUAUGGAUGGCGAGGAUGGGAUGGACGAGAAGAAUCAUCAACGUUUAUGGUUGAAUCGGUGGUUCUUCUGCGAUCGAUGGUCCCGCAAUCGGUGCGUGACCUCUAUGGACUGGUCGCCCCAGUUUCCAGAGCUGCUCGCAGCCUCGUACAACAACAACGAUGACACUCCUAACGAUCCCGACGGGGUGUGCCUGGUUUGGAACACAAAGUUCAAGAAAACCACGCCAGAGUUCAUUUUUCAUUGUCAAUCUCCAGUCAUGUCCACCACCUUCGCAAGAUUUCAUCCUAAUUUAAUCCUAGGGGGCACUUAUUCCGGACAGAUCGUACUCUGGGAUAACAGAGUACAGAAGAGAACUCCUAUUCAACGUACUCCGUUAUCGGCAAGCGCACAUACCCAUCCCGUGUACUGUUUGAACGUUGUUGGGGCACAAAACGCGCACAAUUUAAUAAGUAUAUCGACGGAUGGAAAAUUGUGUUCCUGGAGUUUGGACAUGUUGUCGCAACCGCAGGAAACGUUGGAUCUUCACACGAAACAAUCGAAAGCAAUUGCGGCCACUUGUUUAGCAUUCCCCCAUGGCGACGUUAAUAAUUUCGUUGUGGGUAGCGAGGAAGGAACCGUGUAUUCUGCUUGUCGCCACGGUACAAAAGCAGGCGUAUUGGAGACUUACGAAGGUCAUCAAGGACCAGUUACAGGAAUUAGCGCGCACGCUGUACAAGGUGGAAUAGAUUUCUCGCAUCUGUUCUUAACGUCGUCCAUCGAUUGGACGAUCAAACUGUGGAGCCUGAAAGAAAGCAAGCCUCUAUACUCAUUCGAACAUAAUGGCGAUUACGUUUAUGAUGUUGCGUGGUCGCCUACCCAUCCGGCUCUGUUCGCCGCUGUAGAUGACUCAGGACGAUUAGACUUGUGGAAUCUUAAUCAAGAUACUGAAGUACCUACGGCUAGUAUUGUAAUUAAUGGGUGUCCGGCUCUUAACAGAGUUUCAUGGACACCGAGUGGUUUACACGUAACUGUCGGUGAUGAUUCUGGAAAGAUUUGGGUGUACGACGUUGCCGAGCAUUUGGCACAUCCAAGAAUUGAUGAAUGGAAUAAAUUUUUGUACACUCAGCAAGAGUUGAAGCAUAACAAAGCCGACGAAGAAUUGCAUAAACUUAAUUUAAGGGAACCUACUUCUUUAACUUCCAUACCUCCGCUGUUAACGACAUGCCCUCUCAGAUAAAGGUAUAAUUCUUUUUUUUUUAAAUUAUUGCUAAAGUCGGCUUGAAUACUUUAAAUAUAAAAAAUCAAAUGAAUUAACGAGUAACGAAUAAUCACACACAAAAAAAAAAGAUCGUAACAGAAAUGAAAAAAAAAAAAAAAGAAGUGUAUUCUACUAACUAUAAUUUAUAGGUGUAUUUCUUAAUCAAAACACCUUUGUUCUUUGUAUAAAAUUAUUAAACAGCAAUAGCAACGUAUUAGCAGUUUGUUUGUGAGCAAUUGCUGUGCAUUCGAAUGGCUAUAAAUUCCACAUGUCCAAUAGAAGUAAUAUAGUAUCUUUACCGAAAAACUUUAUCUCAUUAGAUUAUUAAGGAUGUGUGUACAACAUAUCUGUGCAUGUAAAUAAUAAAUGCUGUGAAGCACGAUUUAUAAAUCGAUAUAUCGCAAGGAAAUAAUUAGAAAAAAUUUGACAGUAUCGGAUAAAUUAUAACAUGCAUCAGAUAAAUUGUAAUAUAAUGUUUUAUUAUUUUGAAUUUUUUUUAAAUAUUUAUACUUUAGUUUCAGAAUUAAUUUUCAAAAAUUCAUAUUAUUUCGUGCUAAUAUUCUCAACUAAUGUAUUAAAAAUAACACCAAUAGGAUAUUUAACUAUCGAAACUGAUCUAAUUUAGUACAAUAAUUUUUAAAUGAUUUUAGUAUUAUUUAUAUUCUCAUAGAAACUUUAACAUAAUUUAAAUUUCACAUUUUUUUUUUUUUGUAAUGUAUAGUUCAUAGCAUAGAAAAAAAAAAUAGUAAAAUUUAUCGAAUACAUAUUGUCUAAAAAUGUAAAUAUAUCAUUAUAUUUUGCGUUAUUAUAAAUUGCUGGGCUUUAUCUAAAAUGUGAUACUGUUAUAUAGUGCUAUGUCCAAAUAUGUACUUCUGCUCAAGUCAAGCAUAUUUUAAAGCAUAAUUUUUUUUUAUAUAAAAAAAAAAAAAUCAUUUAAUUUACAAUUUAUUA